AGAAUAUUUUCAUUCGGCUAAGACCAUUCACCAUGUUCACUGUUAUAUUCACGUGUCUUUGUCUUUCACUAGGUGACUCCAUGGCAGAUUCAGUACAGCCACUUUUCACUCAUAAAGUUGUAGAGGAAGAUGAUGAUGUUACUCUGUCCUGCAGAUAUGAAAUAACCUAUCCUACAGGAAACUACCUUCACUGGUAUAGGCAGUAUCCAAAAUCUACACCUGAGUUCCUUCUUUAUAUUUCUCAAGGUGGAGCACUAAGUUCCAACAUUCCCACAAGAAUGACUGCUAAAGUUAAUGGAGAUAAUAAACAAUUGGAUCUACUCAUCUCCUCUGCUGCUGUAUCAGACUCUGCACUAUACUACUGUGCGCUGGCGCCCACAGUGACAGGAAAUUCAACUGCACUGUUCAAAAACUUUGACACAGUUUUGAUAUAUGGAAAGCAGUUCUUUGAGACAUUUACAUGCCAAUUCUGGGGAAUUUUGUCUGGAGUUUAUAUUUUUGAGACAUACUGGAUUAUUAGGCGGCAGCUCAUUCAUUUAUUCAUCUUCAGUAACCACUUUAUCCUGGUCGGAGAUCCAGGGCUUUUCCUGAGAACACCGGGAGUGAAGGAGGAAUGUGAGAAAACCAAAAAAGAGAGCAUACAAAAUAUUGCACAGACAGUAACCUGAGAUCACUGGUACCUGAAAGUAGAAACUGUGCCAGAAAAUCCUAACAUUGUCUCAGUUUCAUGCAGAGACAGGAAAGCUAACCCCUGACUUGACCAGGAUACAGAUAAUUACAGAUAAUUGAACAAAUAAUUAAUUUAAAUAAAAUAUCAAUUCUGUUGUUAGGUUUUCACAGAUAUUUUUCAAAACUGCUUUACAUUUUUCUGUAACUCUUUACAUUUUUCUGUAACUUUAUUGGUAUUUUUGUGAUUUAUGACAUAUAGUACUCUCCGAAAUUAUUUGAAUGGCAAGGCCAAUUAAUUUUUGCUGUAGACUCUAGACAGUUUAGUUUGAGAACAAAAGAUGAGUAUUAGAAGAGAGUUUUGAAUUUCAGCUUUUAUUUCCUGGUAUUUAUAUGUAGAUAUGAGAUCUGUGAAGAAAAACACCAAAAUCACAGUCUGUGACAUCAUAACAACCUCCACAAGGCAAGGGUGAAGGUAUCACAAUCCACCAUUACAGCAUAAAUAUAGAGGCCAAACCAUAAGAUGCAAACCACUCAUUGUUUUAUUCCUUCUUUUUUAUUGAACCUCUCUUAAGCUCUACUGUCUCUUUCUCUUCUAGUUCCCCCUGUCCACACAAUGUAUAA